AACGCUAUCACCAAAAUGGCACAAAUGACUUUUUCAUUGUUGGUCCUCUCUCUCACCAUCUUAGGUUUUUUGGGCACGGUCGAGUCACGCUCACGUGCAAGGACGUACAUUGAGGCACAAUGUCGAACGACGUUAUACUUUGAUCUAUGUGUCAAAACUCUGUUACCCUACCCUAACAAAAACGACUUACCAAGCCCACAAAAACUAGCUCAAAUUUCGCUAACUACAUGUCUAGCCAAAACUCGUUUCACAAAGGCUUAUGUGGAUAUGGUAGCAAAACAAUUAAACAAAACAAAGAAUCCCGGAGAAUACCAAGCCCUAGAAGACUGCUUGCGCCAAAUCAACAAUGGCGUGAACCAAAUUACUCUAUCGGUUAAGGAGUUGCAAGAAAUGGGAAAAGACGGGGAGGAGAAGUUUUCUUGGCAUGAAAGUAAUGUGCAAAGUUGGGUUAGUGCUGCUUUAACGGAUGCCACAACAUGCAUGGAUGGAAUUUUGGGGGAUGAAAUUGGAAGUAAGACAAAAAGUAUGAUCAAAGCAAGGUUUUUAAACGUAAAACAACUCGCUAGCAAUUCUAUCGCGUUGUUCAGUCGUUUUACAGCAAGGCAUCGUGCUUCUCGAGCAAUCAAGAAUCCUUAAAGACUCGUAUAUAUUUCAAACUGAAACCUGUUGUAAUGUUGAAUUCGUCUGUGGUGCAUGUUAAUUUUUGAUGUUUAUUUUAUGUCAAAAAGUAUAUAAAUGUAACUUUCAAUAACUACUUAUAAAACGUGGAUAUAUAUGUCCCUCAUAAGUCA